UUUCUUACCUUUUGACUUAUUUUCGUUUUUUUUUUCUUUUUUUCUUUCAUGUUUUUGUUUUCUUCUUCUAAUAAUCGAAACUUCUCUAAGUUAUAAAAAAAAUUUUACAACCCUUUUUUUCUUUUUAUUUUAUAAUUUUCUCGAUAUUAUAUUUGACUUUUUAUUGCUUUUGUUUCGCGAUUCAACUUUUUCCCCCCAUCAAUUAUCACCAUUAAAACCGUCAAAUUGACUUCAAUCAACGCCUCAUCAGGGGCGCACAAGAAAACCAUCAUGGGACAAGCACAGGACAAGCUUAAGAGCAACCAACUCGAAGAUAACUUACAAGCUUCCUCUACUAUUGAAGAAAACUCUGUUGUUACAGAGUCAACCUUUACCUUGGUUGCAUCCGACUCAAAUGUUCACCAUAACUUUAGCUUUUCCUCUCCUUCUAUACAAGACUCACAUUCGCAAGAUUUUACAAAUAAUUCGCUUGCAAGUUCCCUCGCAGGUUUAACGAUUCAUGACAACUCGAAUUCAGAUAAUAAACCUGCUGCUUCGGUAGUGCAAGCAACGACUGUUAAAAAUAUUGUUAAAGAAAAUCUUAAUGGAUUGUCGAAAUCAGUUGAUGAUGAUGAUAAUGAUGUUGAUAUUAAUAAAAAUAUUAGUCAGAUUUCGGAAGAUAUUUCAUCUAAAAAUAUAGGAUCAAAUUCAACUGAUUUAAUAAAUAAAAAAUCUAAAGAAAUAAAAUCAACUUUAGCAGAUGAAGCAGAAUAUACUAUACCUCCUGCUAUUGCUGAAGAUGUCUUACGAGAAAUGUUAGCAAAUAAACCAAGUCAAGAUUUAUUGGAAGAAUUGGAACCACCAUCUGUAAAUACAAACGGUAAAGGUGAUAAUUCAUCCUCUAAAUUUAAAGGAGAUUCUGUAAACCAUGAAAAAAUUGGUGAGUUCUCUGAACCGACUAAAAUUAGUGUCAAUAAGAACAAUUUGUUAAUCUUGUCUGGCACGUCAGAUUCCCCUUUUCCUUCUAAAUUUACUUUCCCAAAUAUUGCGGAUAAAAAUUUCUUUGUACCAAAUUUUUCAAAUCCUAUUGUUACUACUACUACUUCUCCUUCAUUUUCUUUCGGAAAUCCUUCCGAGUUAUCAUUACAAAAUCCUUUUCAAAGUCCUUCCAUUUCUUCUUCAAAUAUUUCCACCGCUAAUACUUUACAACAAAAAGAACAACAACGACGCGUGACCUUACAAUGGCAUCCUCCGGUAUUGGAUAAAUUUUCACCUGUAUUAUCAUCAAAAACACCUUCGAUAACGAUGCCUUCGAGUUCAAUAUGGCCGCCUUCGAUUAAUACUACCUCUCCAACCGAUACACAAUUUUCCAAUUCUAAUUUAUUAUUUCCACAGUUUACGGGUUCUUUUAAAUUUGAUAUGAACUCAAAAAAUAAUAUAACUGGAACUCAAGGAUCUUCUAAUAUUCCUUCACCUUUGGUUCAUACUAAUAAUGUUGAUUCAUCAAAUGAUGAUAAUAAUAAUAAUAAUAAUAAUAAUAAUACUAUUAUUACAACAACAGUUCCUAUUAGUCCCCCUUCUUCUACGACUAUUUCAAAUACUCCACCUAUAUUAUCUUCCACUGCAUCAACAUCGAGGAAAGGAAUGCAUUCUAAUAUGGGUACAGGAAGAACGACGACUUUAUACGUAUCAGCAAAACCAUCGAUUAAAACUGUUUCAAAUACAACAAGUAAUAACGGAAAUAUGCAAGCACCUUUAUUAGUUUCACCUACAUCUACUAUAAAAAAAUUACCAAUGAAAUUUGGUGACAUAAGUAUAUCAAACAUCACCACCACCCAGAGGAUUUAUUCAUAAUGCGACGAAUGCUCCUACUCAAAGGCAAAUUAAAGAAUUACCGAGAAGAGCAAAAUUUCGUCCAAUAUCAAAAGGAAAUAAUCCAAAUGAU